AUGGCAGCACAAGAUGGAAGGUGUACAGCCAUUGAUAUUUAUGGAGUGGAGAUAUACAACAUGAAGACGGGUAUUGUGCUAGCGUUUUUUCUGAAGUGCUUCCUAACUUCAGAUGGUGAAGUUGUCAAUAUGAAAAUUGUAGAGGAACCCUCAAAUUACGGUUUCAACAAUUAUAAUGUGGGAGUCAACAAUGAUGAGACAAAGUUGAAGAUGCGUGUAAAACCAUCAAAUUUCUCUGGACCUCCACAUCUAAGGACUUUUGAGCAUAAAUGCUUUGAAAAACAAAUAUUAGGUUACAAGUAUGAGUUUUGUCCAUUUUCAAAUGUGACUCAACAUGAGCAGUCAUAUAGGUGGAAUCCAUUUCAUGGAGUGUUAGGAGUAUGGCAGGAAUGGGAGAUAGAAGACAACAAGUUUGUGGCCAUGAUUAUGAGGGAAGGAGAAAGAUGUGGAGACAUAUCCAGAAGUACAAGGGUUUUGUUUGAAUGUGCAGAGAGUAAUGAGAUUCUGAAUGUUACUGAGAACAGUAAGUGUCACUAUCAGUUACAAUUCUCCACACCACUGGUAUGUGCAGAACAUUCCAUGUUGGUGUACCCAAACCUGCCACCCCAUCUUCGUCUGGCAUGGGACCAUCUACAGGGCCAGUACCAACGUGAAGAAAUUACUCGCAAGGGGUAUGAUAAACGUUUGAAGAAAAUAUUCAUAGAAGCUGGAUAUUGUUUGUCAGAAAGCGUCCAACAAGUGAUUGCCAAAGCAGCAGUUGAACAGGAGAAGCUGGAAGAGAAAGAACAGAAGGGUGAAUUUGAUACCCUUUAUCAGUGUAAGGAGGAAUAUCACAAACUGAAAAAGGAAGCAGAAGGACUGAGAGCACUGUUGGCUGUGAAAAAUGAUGAAGUUCCAGUCCCACAGCCAGUAGAUGCAGGACCAGACCAUGCCAACAAUACAGUUGUGUGAGAAAGGAAGUAAUCUUCAUCGGAAUAUGUCAUUAUUUAUACUGUCACUCUGUAAAUGUUGGAUGUGUAUGAAGAUUGUAACAGUUUGAGUCUUAUUGAUGCUUGAUUGAUGAAAUUCAGGUUUGAAUGAUGGUGAGAGAUCAACAGACGCUGUAAGUUUAAGUUUGAAUGUAAGUGUAAGUUUCAAUGUAAGUUUUAGUUUGAAUGUGUAAUUUAAAAGUGUGAUAUAUUGUUUAUAUAUUUGUGUUAUAUCUUUUUCUAAAUGAGUCUCUCAGAAGUUUUGUUGGCCAUCCCAGAUAGGUUUUAAAUGUCUGAUAUUUGUCAUGUUAUUUCAGGUGUCAUACAUUGUCAUGUCUUUUAGACGCCCAUUCAAAAUUUUGAUGUGAUACACAAUGGUACGGUAUUGUCUGUCCACUGUAAAUUUUUCUUUCUCCAGAGGCUAUCUCCCUCAGUUUUCAACCAAUUUCUUUCAAGUUUGGUUGGCUUAAUCAUCAUCACAUGAAAUGGUGUGUCUUAAAUUACAUUGGCGAUUUUACAAUUUAGGGAGAGUUGUUGCCCUUGUUUUGUUUAACAUUUUUAUCUUCUCCAGAGAUUUUUUUCAGUUUCCCCUAAAUCCCUUUAUCAUUACAAUAUAUAUCACUGUUUUGACUCAUUAUUAUCAUUUUCAUAUCAUGAAUAUUUCUUGGGCAUAUAUAAGACAUAUAUUGCCCCUCCUUUUGUUUGAUAAAUCUGUAGUGCUUGUGGGAAAGAGUGUUCAGAAAUAUUAUAUGUUUAACACAUGAUGUCCAUUAUAGUUGAUCAACCAUUCCAAGUAUGUCUAUUGUUAAUUGUUCUUUGGUAUAGUAACAUGCAGAACACAUGGGGAAACCGCUGUAAUUAUUUUGCAUGGACACUUUGUUAUAAUGAAAUUUUGGCCUAGUUUGAUCACCAACUAUAGUUACAUCAGUUGUACUAUAGUAAUUGGUUGGUCUUUGUUGGUAUAUGUGACGGCAUCAGAAGAAAAUGCUUGCAUAUAGAAAUGGUUAAUGAUCCAGCUUUCUCUUUGUUAGUUUCUUGGUGUCUCACAAUGUGGCAGACUGUAUGUGGUUGUCAUGAUAUUCCAUUUACCCGAGUCACAGGUUAGGAAAAAUACUCUGGCAUCCAAUUGUUGAUUACUUAUUGUCUAUCCUAUACAUGAUAAAAUCAUCACAGAAUAUUAAGUUGUCACUCCUGUCAUUAUCUAUACAAUUGUACAUCCAAAAUGCAUCUCUCUAGAAAUCCAACAAUAUCUUCUUUUUGAGAUGUUUGUGAACGAUUACAAUCACAUAUUUCUACAUGUACAUACAAGUUCUUGUAUGGCUCUCAUUUGUAAAACAUUUUAUAUUUGAAAAUAAACUGGAGAUUUUGAUAUAAUGUCAAAUAUUGUAAUACAGUUUACAAAGUGCAAUGGUAUGUUA